UGUCGCCAUAUUCAUCGUUUGAAUCUGUACUUCAGCUAUGCUAACUGGCUGCCGUUAGUAAGAGCAAGCUAGAGUUGUAAACCCAUAGAUUUAUUGACUAUAUGUAUAUCUACAAGAUGUCAGGGGGUUGUUAAGGCAAUAGUGCGUCUGGAACAAUGUAGCCGCGGUGCAGUAAUGUCAACUCAUCACGACUUUGUUCGUUUACUAUGAGCUCCCUAUCAGCCCAGCCUCCGGCAUCAAGCUCAUCAUGCAGGACGCUACCUGGAGAGGGAAACCAGGUGCAACCAAAAGCCCCUCUCCUGCAGAUUCUGCGUGUUGCCGGAGCCCAGGAAGAAGUCUUCACACUCAAAGAGGUGAUGCACUACUUGGGUCAGUACAUCAUGGGGAAGCAACUGUAUGACAAACAGAGGCAGCACAUCGUCCACUGUCAGGAUGACCCUUUGGGAGAGCUGCUCGAGGUGGAGAGCUUCUCUGUCAAAAACCCAAGUCCGGUGUAUGAAAUGCUCAAGAAGUACUUAGUUGUGCUUGGUUGUUCUGACGCUGCAGAGAAUCUUUCUGUGGGCCGUGAAUGUGUAGAGGGCGGAGUGGAGGAUCGCGGUCAGAUGUGUGGAGGUGUGGUCAAAGCAGUGCUGGAGGCUGGCAAUGAUGGGCCUCUCCUGCAGACCCCCUCCCAGCGACGACCUCGGGAGCCAGAUGAUGACUCCCUUGAAGGCCUGCCACGAUCAGCCUGCAAACGGCCCAAACUGGAUGUUACUUUGGACGAGUGGGAUCUUUCUGGCCUGCCCUGGUGGUUUCUGGGUAAUCUCCGUAGUAACUACAGCCGCAGGAGCAAUGGCUCCACAGACAUCCACACAAACCAACUGUCUCCUGCACAGGAGGAGGACACAGCUAUCGUGUCAGACACGACUGACGACCUCUGGUUCCUGACCGAGGGCGGGAGUGAACAGGUGAGCGUGGAAAUGAAAGAGGCUGCACUGGAGGAAGGGAGCGCAGGAGAAGGGGAGGCUCUACCUGACGAUGAUGAUGGAGGAGGAAAGGAGGAGAAAGCAGAUCGAGAGAUGCAGGAGGAGCCAGAUGAAGACUCGCAGUGUCUGAGCGAUGACACGGAUACAGAGAUCUCAACACAGGAUGCAUGGCAGUGCACAGAGUGCAGGAAGUAUAACACACCUCUCCAAAGGUACUGUGUUCGCUGCUGGGCCCUACGUAAGAACUGGUACAAAGAUGUCCCCCGACUCGCCCAUUCCCUUUCUGUUCCUGACAUCCCAGCAUGCAGCUCUCUUACUACCCACGAUGAGGAAGAUGACAGUGAUGCAGGCAUCGACGUCCCAGACUGCAGCAGAACAGUCUCAGACCCAGUCAUCCUGCCCUCCCACUCCACAGCUGACCGACCACUUCCCACUAUGGCGUCAGGAACAGGAAAGGGGCCUUGGCCCUCCAGCUUCCUCAAAGAUGAGCAGCUCUCAGGAGGAGAGAGUCAGGAAAAUCUGGGCAUGGAGAUUGAAGAAGCACGGCCUGAGGCGCUGUUGGAGCCUUGCAAGCUUUGCCGAGUGCGACCACGCAACGGAAAUAUAAUACACGGACGCACGGCUCACCUGCUAACCUGUUUCCCGUGUGCAAGGAGGCUGCACAAGUUCCAGGCUCCUUGUCCAGGAUGUGGGAAGAUCAUUCAAAAAGUUAUUAAAAUAUACAUUCUCUAAAAAGCACGCACACACCCACUUUGGGGACCUCAACAACAAAAGAUACAACAACACACAUUUUGAAACACAUUUAACCAUACAGAUGCAUGCACUCUAGUACACACACUCUCCUUGUAGACACACACAAAAUGUGCACCUUAGUCUCAGAACCUACACAGACACACAAAGCACUUGGUGAAGCUCGCUCUUGGUUGCAUGUUUUAUUCUGCAUCACACUGCCUCUGAAGUAUUGUUAGAUGAAACCUUGGACACAGAGUGAGACAUACCAGAUGUUGGUUUUGGUGCUGCAUUUAAAUAAGGGACAUACAUAAAGGCAGAAGUAUUUAUUUAUUUAUUAGACGAUCACAUCAGGAUGCACACGUUUGUGAGCUAUUUGAUUUCAUGAAGGCUUGUUUUUUUUCCAGGCUAUGUGAAUUUUCUUGUUGGUUUUUUGCUUUGGUUGGUGCCAUUUUUAAAUUGUGUUGCUUGCUUUUGUUAGUUUUGUUUGAUUUUCUUUACCCAUAGGUUCACCUCAGUCAUCAUCUGGAAAAAUGGAAUUUACAGGUAUAGAACUACAAGAAUGUUUCUUUAAGCAUCUUUUCGGCCACAUUUUCUUGUAGUCAAACUCUUAUGUUCUGUAGGAAUUGUGCCUCUGAGAUCUGAGUGAUGAAGAUUAAAGGAAGAACAUGAAAUAGUUUUAAACCAUGGUUUAGAUGUCCACAGCUGCAGUUCCAUGAAAGUAUCCUACUAAGCUUUUCUUUAAAAAAAAAAAAAAAGAUCUUUUCAGCAUAAUUGAAUGUACUGUAAAAUACAAAUGUGGUGGCUUAAGUGCUGUUUCUCUCAA